AUGCCCAGCCAAGGCCCUCUCUCCGGGGGGCACCUCUCCCCCCUCCUCCCCUCCUCCCCCUCCACAUCUCCUCUCCUUUGCUUCAGUUUCUCUGCUCUCUGUAAUCUGGGGGCUCCGUGGGGGGUCUGCUCAGAUCCUCCGCAGCCUCCGACUCUGCAGAAAAACCCGGGCGCGUGCGUGGCGGGGGGCGGGUCGUGCGUGUCUACACAGAGGGACACGGAGGCUCGCGCCGGUGGAGACCCAGGAGCCGCACGAGCGCCCGGUGGAAGUUUGCGCUCCUCGGGCUCGACGAGACCCAACGGCUCCAGAGGUGACGCUCCCCGCAGGCCGGGACCAGACCGCGUCCAGACCGCGUCCAGACCGGGGGACCAGGAGACAUGUGCGCGUGACUGA